AUGCACCGCGGAGUGGGUCCGGCCAUUCAGAUGGUCAGGAAGAUGGCAGGCUCCGGGGCGGAGCCGCAGAUCCUCGUACAGUACUUAGUGUUACGAAAGGAUCUAUCUCAGGCUCCUUUCUCCUGGCCCACGGGCGCACUGGUAGCGCAGGCUUGUCACGCCGCCACCGCAGCCUUGCACCUUCACCGAGAACAUCCGCAUACGGUAGCUUAUCUCCGGGAGCUGGGACGCAUGCGCAAGGUGGUUCUCGAGGCUGCCGAUGAGACCACCUUGAAGGAGCUGGCGGAGACCCUGCAGCAGCAGAACAUUGACCACAUGCUGUGGCUUGAGCAGCCAGAGAACAUCGCCACCUGCAUCGCCCUCAGGCCGUACCCCAAGGAAGAAGUGAGCCAGCAUUUGAAGAAGUUCCGAUUGUUCAAGUGACUGCAUUCCAGCAGAAUUGGGAUGUCAGUUGGGUCCAGGAGCCAAAUGCCCUCCAUCCUGAAGCACUGUGGACUUCUUUCAGUUAAUGUGCUCCGCCCUUCCAGUUAUGAUGGUUUAAGAGCCAGCACAGGCUCAAAUUAAAGCCAUCGUUAGCGAGUA